CGGGAUAUUUCGACCAUAGCUUCCGCUCUGUAUUCUCUCUGCUUUCUUAGUUUCCUUUUUCAAUCUUUUUUUCCCCUUUUGGUUCUCGUUUUACAACCGAUGCAAACCCCCCUCAAUCAACCAGAUCCAGCCUCACUGCCGACGGAAAUCAAGUCCCCUUGUCUCUUUAAUCAUCGAUCCGGAAUGGCAAUCACCUCUGCAGAUUUCUCUUCCCCAAUGUCACCCGAGCCUUGGCAGGCGGAGACGGAGGCGACGGUUGGUGAGGAAUCCUCCAGAGAAAUGAUUUUUCUCCGCUUUUGGGCUACCAUCUUGAACACAUACCAUUCCCUGAGCUUGGCAGCUCUGUAUCUGCUUUCACCGGAGACGCAGAAUUUCCCUUCACUCUCCCUGGUCAGCCGCUGUAUGUAUCAUCUCUUCCGAUUUAUCACAGCACUUUUCCUGUGGAUGAACAUCAAAACAAAGAUCGGCAUGUUAGCUUUACAGAAGGAUUUGCCCAAAUUCCAAAAGCCCAGGUUCUAUCUAUCUAACCCUCUAUUAUCCUGUCGACUUUGUCUAGAAUUUUUGGCUUUACUCGGUGUUCGAAAACUGCAUCAGAGAACCCAUUUAGAUAGGCUGUCUUGGAUGUAUAAAGGGUAUGUUAGAACUAUGGUGUUUGCUCUGCUCUUGACUUGGUCGGGUGAAUCCCGAAACUGGUUUUAUCAAAGGGGUGUCAACCCCCAUCACCCACCAUAUUUCCUGAAGCUCAGGUCUGUUGAUUCAUGUUCUGUGUAUUGCCGAUCACAAUCUUUGUGUGGAAUUCUUGAUCACCAUCUCCAUGGCAGAGAGGAUCCACCUGAUUUGUCACGGUCUUACACGUAUUCCUUGCACCUGCUAAUCACUUCAUUGCUCUGAUGACACAAUACCGAGGAGGUGAUUUUGGUCUUAGAGGUUUCUCAAUCAACAAUCACCCCUCGACAAUUCCGGCCAAU